AUGUGCUCUGAUAAUGAUAAUGAUGAUGACGAUGAUGGUGAUGAUGAUGCCAACGAUGAAGAUGAUGAUGAUAAUGAUAAUACUGAUGUUGAUCCUGAUGCCGAUGCUGUUGCUGCUCCUAAUAAUGAUGAUGAUGAUAAUGAUAAUGGUAAUGACGACAAUAGGGGUAUUGUCUAAGGAUAUUAUAAAGCAAACUUCGCUAGCGGUAAGAUGAGGAGAAUCCUGUAUUCUGAUUGGCUAUCUGAGUGGGCGAGAUGAGACAAUAUCUUGCUCGCUUAGGAUCGCCCACCUCAGGCUUAUCCUGUAAGAUAAGUAUUUUUCGGCCAUAUAAUAUAUUCUUUAUUGACGAAGUUUGUUUGGUGACAUUGGCUGAAUAUCAACCUGAAGUAGAGCCUACUCUGUCUUCUUUAAAGAGGACAAGAAAAGGAGGCUCAAUCACCACCAGCCAAGACUGGCGUAGGCUGUCUGAACAAGAUGCCUUCAGUUGAUAAAGAUAAUCUUGGUGUACCGCCACUGGUAUGCUGGACUGUCGCAAGUCGUCUGGCGUAGAUGACGAAGAGGGGGACGCGACCUGCAAGGGAGGGUCGGGGAAUGGCGUAUGUCUAGGGGCAGCUGUUCUAAUGUUUGAUUAAAAUCUAGUAGAGAGAAGUCCUACGUAGUCUGCUACACAGCCGUUUUUAGUGUCGUCACGCAACGCUCCUCCCCACAAACGGCUGCUGAGAAUCGAACCACAUUCCUUUCUUUUAGUGUUUGUGGUCUAACGAACAAACCAAUCAUGUAUAAGAAACGUGACAAUACGUGACCCGCAGCCUGCGCCAGGAAGCGAACAAACUUCUUAGUUUUCGACAAAUCAAUCAAUCGUCGCUGAAUUUGGACGGGAUCUGUGUCCGCAAGCAACAAAAAGGUUGACUUGCAGAAAAGUUUGUUUUAAGCGAUUAACAAAGUUCCAAGUGAAAAAAUGUUUGAUAGGCCUACAAGACUCUUAUCAGGAUCGGUUGGUUCUUUUUAACGUGCAUAUGUAUGAUGAAUUUCAUGUGCCAAAUGUGCUCAUUGUGUUGCUGUACAUGUGAAGACUAAACUCUCAAGGGUACUGAUUCAAACAAAGGCAAUCUUAUAAAUUAUCGAUGAGCGAUUUCCCGAAACUUAAUACCCGGCAACUUUAUAAGCACAAUUAAUGCACAUCCAUGUUGUGCAUCACACUAGCUUGACUGCUUGAUGCUGUUGCUUAUCUCAUAAAGUUUGUUUAGGACUCGACUACGACAACAAAACACUACUCUUAGUUGAUUGCAGUUUAUUGCUUUUUUCACGCGACGAUUUCGAUUGUUCUGUAAUUCACAUAUGGACACAGAUAAAAGCAAAGCUGCGAUCGGAGGAGUCACAGUACCGCAAACGUGGCGCGAACACCUUCCAGAAAAUGGGAGCUGAAUUCUAAUUGGCUAACCGCGGGAAAAGAAUGUGGUUCGAUUCUCAGCAGCCGUUUGUGAGGGUGUGAGCGUUUGCGUAACGACCCUAAAACGGCUGUGCGGCAAGAUGCCUUGAUAAAGAUAAUCUUGGUGUAUCGCCACUGGUAUGCUGGACUGUAGCCAGUCAUCUGGCGUAGAUGACGAAGAGGGGGACGCGACCUGCAAGGGAGGGUGGGGAAUGGCGGAUGUCUAGGGGCAGGCUGUUCUAAUGUUUGAUUAAAAUCUAUAGUAGAGACAAGUCCUACGCUGUCUCCGUUUUGAUUGUUGCUCGCUAUGGUCGUGGUAUGUGGAGAAAUUCAAACCAAUGCAGAAAUUGGAGAACUGUUCAGUAAACUAAAAAACUGCAAGUUUGUAAGGGUAGACAAACCAUUCAGCCAACAACAAAGGAGAGAAAAUUAAGUAUCAUGUUUGUUUUAAUAAUUAAUACAUGACAGGUUAAAGCAUUUUCUAUUUCAACUUAUUUCACGUCACUAGUCUCUAACUAUAUUGGCUUCAAAUAAGAAUCAGAUCCAAUUCAACGAGUGUUAAGCAACCUCAUCUAGGCCUAAACCUCCUUUCAGUUCUCCAGUGCUGCUUCUUCACCGAAAAUUACGGAGAAGGAGCUUCUGUAAAAUUUAAAGGAGAAGAAGUGCAUAAGAUUAAAUUAAACUUUUAUAUAGAAAACAAUUUUUUCUCAUUUUUUGAGGCUAGCCAGUACGGCGUGCCAAGCUAGCCUUUUACUUCGCUCUGCUUUGUCUGCUCCCAAUACUUUCCGUCCUUCUUUUGGUUUUGCUAAUGUUGAGCCUUAAUAUUUGGAAGAAGAAGAAUAAUUUUAUAAGACCAGAAACUGCUCAAAAAAAAUCCGAGCUUCAGAUGAGAAUCGAACACACGUCCCUCGAAAGAGCUCUAGCUCGGAUGUUCCAACCACUGAGCUACCGGAGGUUUAAUGGCGAAUAGAAAUUUAAUUAUAACUACACUAGUCAUAGGUUUUUUUUUUUUUCAUAUUUACUAUUUCUGAAUCAGUUUUUCUCAAUCCUGGGCCCAACAGCAUCUGCUUUUCAACCGCUCAUUCGCGAUGGGGUUACACACCUAAUAAAAUAUUACUGACCUAAUGCUCGGUGGCAACGUAUUUGGAAAGAGAAGCUUUCCGAGCGAGGCACGAAACGCCGAGAAGAAAAAGAGACAAGGUCUCUUAAAAAAAUGUGUUAGUCGCUGUUAUUCGUCCGCAGUCAUUACCUUCAGCGGUGUUCCGGAUCAUUGGAUAUAUUACCAGGUUUAUACUACUACAUGAGAAAUUUCUGCAAUUUGAUUGGCUUAGAGCAGUGGUAUUUCAGCUUUAUUUGAAAUACCAACAUGUGAAAAUUACAAACCUUUUGAGGUAGUAGUAUAAACAAAUAAUAGCGUGAUUUGUACGUAAUAUUUGGCAUAAAUACCACUUGUGAUAUUUUAAAAUUGUCUCAAAUUUCACUCGCCUAACGGCUUGUGAAAUUUCGUAUAACAAUUUCGAAAUAUCACUCUUGCUAUUUAUGCCAAAUAUCACUACAAAUCAUGCCAUUACCUAUACUAAUUUAUAAGUUGAUCGAACGACGGUUUGUUCGAUUUCACAGUAUAAAAACAAAGGCGAUACGUGAUAUCAACUGUAAAAUUUAACUACAAUCAGCAAACAAGGUCACAAAUGACUCCUCUGCGCCCUGUUUCCAGCAUAGAGUAAACAUAGCUCUAAGUGGAGCAGCACAUAACGGCCGAUCGGUUUUCACACUAUUCAGGAUAGCUUGUCGUGUGGGCACGUAAAGUUAUCGGGUAUAAUCAGUGUGAGCAUAGCCGAUUGUUAAAUUCCUAGACUUUCACUCAACUAAACAGGGACUGCCAUUGGCUGAUUCUUAGUCACGUGGCGUUGACUAAAAUCAAACGUAUCCCGACCGGGAUACAUCAAGCAAUAUACCCCGCUCGGGGUACAUUACAGCGCGUGAUCAAAGCGUGGUAGAAAGUGGUGGGAAAGAAGGGGGGAAACACUGACAGUUGUCUUUUUUGUGAAUGAACACAACACAAACACGAAGCGUCAAGCUAAAAAAAAACGAUUUUUUAAGUUGUUCCAGGACAGAAACAGCAGCUAGUGGAGGGAAGAGUGCAGAUAAUAUAAGAAAAGUACUUUGUAAUAUAUGAUUCAUUCAGUGCUUUGGAGAAUUAGAUUUGUGUUGUUAGAAGUACCGAGUCGACUGUUUUGGUUCGCCACGGUUAUUCUUUUGUUACUGUUGAAAUGAAAGUCUAAAAAUAUAACAAAACAAUUAACGUCUGGUCCCUCGGGAAACCAGUUAGUUCUGUUUUCCCUCGAGUCCUGAAGACUCCCGGGAAAACAAAGCUACUUGUUUCCCUCGGGACCUGACAUUAAGUGUAUAAUUAUAUAAAAUAACGUACCUACACAGAGCUUGUUGUUUGCAUCUUGAUUAUAACCCGUCUUACAACGACACCGAAAAUCUACAAGACUUCUCAAAUUAUGGGGAAACACUCAAAAGUCCCAUUCAUGCGGCCAAAUUUCCCAGUGCGGUAAAUGCUAAAAACGACGACGACUACGAUUAUUUCGUUUUAGUAUAUACUAAAACAGUGGAUAGUGUUUUUCGCGCGCUUUGAUUGGCUACUCAAUCAGUGAAUAUCCUGCACUAUUCAUUGAUUCACCUCCAGUUCCUCCGAGCGAGCAACGCCAAACUCCCGUAAGUUGUUGCGAGCAAAAUGCCUUCCCGGUUUGCUGCCGUAAACAAACAAAGAAAUUUCACAACUAAUCAAGCAAGCUGUUUCCGAAAUACACGAAGAAGGUGAGGAAGUUCGGAUUGGAAGUUUUAACAGGUAAAGCUUUAUCUUUUUGACAGGAAUUUAUCGAUAAAACCGGUGAAAAAGUUUUUGUUUACAAAUGCAAAUUAAGUUUAAGUCUUGCUUACUUUAUUUAGUUGAGUUGUUCAUAAAUAAGCUUAAAACUAAAUUUAAUAAUGUUUUUUUAUAGAAUGAUUUUAAAUGCAAAAAGAAUUCACAACUCCUUUUGAAGAAAUUUCCCCGCAAGAGCUAAACAAAUGCCUUCAAAAGUUUUAAUUGUCGUCAAGAAAAAGCGACGGCCGCAGCCGCCCGGUCAUUACGCGCCAAAAUUGUAAUCGUUGGCAACAGUAUUUGAGUUAAAAAUCGUCAUUUUUGUGCUCAAUUAUCUCACUGUUUUAGUAUAUACUAAUAUACUAAACCUCAGUGUCGGUGGCUAGUCGUGGAUAUUUACCUCACUGCUUCGCAGUUCGGUAAAUAUCCAGGACUAGCCACCUCCACUUCGGUGAAUAAUUGUUAUCUAAUAGUGGCAAGAAACCUCCAGGACUGAAUUGUAAACUAAUCAUCUAAGAUAAAUCUUCAAAUGACUCAUAAUACCUUGACAUUGGUUAUUGGUUCCUGGUUUUUGAACCCAACCGCUUGGGCAAUUACAUUUGUACGACCCCACAGUGUUCUCACAUGUUGCUGGUUCGAUGCAGGCAAUGGGAUUCAAGCAUUCGUUUACAUCUGCCAAUAUAUUUAAAUUGAAGUCCAAAAAAUCUCAAUGAAAAUUAAAAUACUGUACACUAACGCCUACAGCCUCCCCGCCCUAUUUAUUAUAGGGCCAUCUACCCCUGUAAACAAACCUUGGUCACAUUGUUAUUAAGACGAAGAAGAAAAAUGAAUUAUAAACAGUUGAGCCACCUUCACACUGGUCCUUUGCCCCUGCCUUUUUAUUAUAACCGCCGGGACAUUUGUAGUAGUAUGAGUCCCAGUUAUUUUCGCAGGUCGACAAAGAGGUGCACAAAUUGGGAGAAAUCUGGCAUUCGUUCACUUCGCAAAUAAUAAACAGAUUAUACACCUUAGCUUGAACGACAAAUAUGAUCGUGUUGAAGAAUACGUUCCUAAACUUUAAAAUCAAUAAAAGCCAAAAGAAAUAACACAGCAAUAAACAUAGUCAAAAAAGAUCUAUGAAUUAAUCUGUUAUGCAGCGUCGUGGGCUCCUGACUUCUGAGAAUAUUCGACUUUGAAAAAGAGUGGUAGGCUGAAAACUAUAGAGAAGGCACACAAGUAUUUAUGGGAUUGUUUGAGAGAACAUGGAACGUGGCCAUGUGCAUUCAUAACAAAUACUAUAGACGUUUAGAUUGAAGCGUUAAUGCAAUUAGAGACAGGUUCUAAAAGCAAUGUAAAAUUCCAAAACACGUGGAAGUAAGACUUCUCAAAUUAUGGGAAACCGUAAUAACACUCAAAAGUCCCAUUCAUGCGGCCAAAUUUCCCACUGCGGUAAAUGCUAAAAACGACGACGACUGCGAUUAUUAUUAUUACGUUCUAAUAGUGGCAAGAAACCUCCACGUAAAAUAUCAUCGUGUGCAACGCCGAUAUGAGGAAUCCGAAGGAACCUCGAUAUAUCAAUUAAAGCUCCAUGAUAUAUAAUGCAGGAAAAAAAUCUGUUCAUUGCGAGCGUGGGUCAGUAACAAUGAACGGGUCGCCCCGUGUGAGGAGGAUUACGGAAUCCGGGAAACUUUUGAUUGUGGAAUGCGGAAUCUUGGGCUUUGGAAUCAGGGUUUCAGCUUAAGGAAUCCGGGAACCCACUUACGAUUGGAAUCCGGAAUCCAUGUUCCACUGAGCGAAAACUAGCUCUUUUUAGAACCAAAGACAAUGUUUUACUUAUCCUACUUCCUCCUGCACCUCCACAAUUAAUUUAUUUCUCCUUUCCUUUUUCUUUUUUUUUUAUUAUUAUUUUUAUCUUCCCUCCCGACCACAUCGACCCCACACUGAACUCUUAUUUCAACACAGCGUCGUGAAUAGUAGAGCUAUAUAUCACCACCACCACCAUCACCACCACAUUUCUAUUGUUUCCCUCCUCCUUCUCCUCCUCAUUUUUAUUGUUUCACUCCUCCUUAUGCAUGUUCUCUUUCCUGCUGCUGUCAUUGUUAAAGUUCCGGUUCACGUUUUCCGACGCGCAAAUCGUGCAUAACUAAUGAGCGCGAGGGCAAACUAGCUCAAUUUCUACCGCCACACUCCUCCUUCUCCUCCUCCUCCUCCUCCUCAUUUCCGUUGCUUUUUUAACAGAGAGGUAGGUUAUUUAGAAGGUCAGACAGGCCAAAGAAAGGCCAAAAGUAGCUGAAAAUCCUGAACAUACAGCAAUUUUAUAUUAGUAACGCUCUCAACAAAUUGAUACCGUGAGUUAUGGGAUCCACAUUUUAAAUGCUUUUCCCACUCUAAUUGUAUCGUUAAAAUAGCGAAAGAUAAGGAUAGUACUGACUGAGCUUAAGAGCGGGACAGUUCAUGAAAUUACAGCUAGUUCUCAAACAAGGGAACAUGGAAGUCGAUGAAUUAAAUAAAUGUCUGGCAAAGUUUUCGUUUCCGUGAGGAAAACUGAAGGCAGCUAUUAUAAGAAAACCAGCUUGUUGUCGAUCAGAGCCGCCCUCGACCGACAUCUUAAAGCCCCAAAAUCUUUCAAAAAUAUGUCUCUUUUUUAUUUUAUUUUCUCGAAUAAUCAUCAAUGUAAUUAUACCAAAACAUGAAUAUCGGCGAAGUUCGUCUCGGUGACUAUUCGCCGGUAUUCACGUCCCAGUGAAGUUCGGCGACUAAAAUGUUAAAUGCUACAAGUUUUUGCCUCCUGAAAGUUAAAACAGUACUACACAAUGUCCUGAUGGAUUCCGUCUAAAAGCUUUUGACCAUGAUCGACUUCGUCUCGGGAAACAUCAAGACUCUCGGGAAAACAAAGCCAACUGUUUCCCUCAGGACCUAACAUUAAGUGUAUAAUAUAAAACAACGUACCUACACAGAGCUUGUUGUUUGCACCCUGAUUAUAACCCGUCUUACAACGACACCAGAAAUUUCCAUCUGUGUCCGUGCAAUAUGAUGACGUCUUGUCACAUGAAUCGAUGCCCCUUGUGCAUUCAUUUAUAUCUGAAAAAAUGAAAAAGAAGCACCCAAAGAGUGCAUGUGCUGUAAAAGUAGUUUACUCUGACCUUGGGCUGGCAAUUUGUUGUGGUGGUGAGGCCUGUGUGUCUCAAUGACCAUAAGCCACUAUGUCCGCUGUGCCUUCUCAUCACUGCUCAAGAGUAAACUAUUAUCUCCCCUGAUUCUAAAUGAUGCUGCUUGUGGUUUUAUGCAAGGUGGACCCGAACGAAAUAAUUCAAUUUAGGUACUUGGGUCGUCCUUGAGCGGAGUGGAAAAGAAUGUUUCUUUUUUGUGCAGAUAAACACGCCCCGUCGAAAACAAAGCGGGCUCGUGCGUCUAAACCUCCCUGGAUAACUCCCUCAAAUUUAAAAAAGGAAAUGCACAAACGAGACGUUCUUAAAAUGAAGGCAAUCCGUUCUAUACAACCUUCCGAUUGGACCAAUUUCAAACAACAUCGCAACUAUGUCAAUGGUCAGAUAAAGAGGGCAAAAGUAACUUAUUAUCAUAAUGACUUCCGUGUGAAUGAAGGUGACAUUUGUAAUACUUGGCGUGUCGUGAAUGAAGUCACAUCGCUGAAAACGGUUAAUUCUCUUAUCAAAGAAAUUAAAAUCAAUGGGGCUUCGAUCACUAACGCACGUAAUUUGGCUGACACUUUCAGUUCUCACUUUUCCACUAUACGGUACUGAUUUAGCUAACCAAAUUCCUUCACGAAAUAAUUUUAAAUUCUUGACUACAUAACUAAGUCAACUGAUACCUUUGAGCUGAAAACAACCAAUUAUUCAGAAGUGUUUUCUUUGUUAAGUAAGUUGAGUAAAUCAAAGGCCACAGGGUUUGAUAAACUUCCAGCUAGACUUACAAAGGAAAGUUCAGAUCAAAUUGCAUCCUCACUAUGUAGCAUUUUUAACAGCGCUAUUGUUUCUGGCAUCUUUCCUGAGGAGUGGAAAUGCUCAAAGGUGAUUCCACUGUUCAAACAAGGAGAGCGCUCAGAUUUGAAUAUCUGUCAGGCCUAUUGUGGCAAAAAUCUUUGAAAGAAUCAUUUAUGAUCUGAUAUCCAGUCAUCAAUUUGGAUUUCGAUCUCUUCAUUCCACGGUCACUGCCUUACCCCAUGCCACUGACAACUAGGCAUUCAACAUAGACAGGGGAAAUGUGAAUGCCGUGGUAUUUCUUGAUCUAGAAAAAGCAUUUGAUACCGCUGACCACUCCAUUCUUUUGUCUAAAUUGGAAGCCUAUGGUGUCUCUGGCCCUCCCUAUAAGUGGUUUGAAACCUAUCUUUUCUCCCGUACUCAAAGAUGUUUUGUAAAUGGUUCCCUCUCGGGUAACAAAUUCCCCUGCAUCGUUCCUGCUGGAAUACACACAUUACUAAAAUCUCUAAAAACGUAGCUUUGGGCAUUGGUGCCCUAAAGCGCUGUCGUCCUUUCGUUCCUCCGGAAACCUUAAUUUGGGCGUCCAGAAUUCGAUAAUCCAGCCACACUUUGAUUAUUGUGACAUAGUGUGAAAUAAUUGCGGGGCAACUAAUGCCACGAAGCUGCAGAAGCUCCAAAAUCGCGCUACCAGGAUUUUGAAUUACUCUGACUACGACGCUGAAGAGUCAAGCCACUUUUUUAGCAGUUAAACUGGACUCAACUUGCUCCUCUUCGUGAACUCCACAUAGUAAACAUGGUUUACAAAUGUACUCACGGUUUAGCACCUGAAUAUUUACAGGAUAAAUUGGUAAACCGUGUUUCGAAUUAUUUCUUAAAAGAUUCCUCUAAUAAAUUUGAUGUUCUCUCCCCCGCACCAAUUACCUUAAAAAUAGUUUUCGUUAUAGCGGGGCGGUCUUAUGGAACGGUUUGACUUAGACUCUUCGGCAAGCAGAAUCCAUACACAGUUUUAAAUCUGGCUACAAGGAAUUCUUCAAAUAAUGUACACUCGGCAUCCAUGGAAAGCAGGCAACUUAAUGUAUAUACUAUUUGUUAUUUAUUCAUUAUUUAAUAUUACUUGUACAUCUGUUUAUAUUCUAUUCAUUACCAUGCUAUUAUAUAGGUUAGAUCAUAGGUUAUAUAUAUAUAUAUGUAUAAGAAUAGCUUAGAAUUUUUUGUUAGUUAUAUGCCUAAUGUUUUUACCGAGUUUAAAAAAAGUUACUUGACUUGACUUGAGAAUAUUCCUUGCAACACCUUUUUAACCUUGGCCAUAUAUGUUUGGACUGCACAAUGCUGGACAUACGGAAUUUAAAAGAGCCUCUUUCAGUGAAAAGGACCUUCAUGUAUAAAGCAUAGAAGUACCGACUUACUUAUGCAAAUCUUGGGGGUUAUAUUCUCAUAACCAGAUUUACAAUCGCAGCGAUAGCUUCCUUGGAGGUUUACGCAGGUAGACCUCAAGAGAUCACAAUAACCUUUUGAACAUUCGUCUAUAUCUGAAGAGCAAAAUUAUGCAAAAUCACGGACGUUAAUGUAUUAAAAAUAAAACUUUUCUCACAAAACCUGCAAACUGAAAAAACAGGUAAGUACGACGUUUGAAAAAAGAAGAAGAAGAAGAAGAAGAAGAAGAAGAAGAAGAGGAAGAUGAUGAUGAAGAAGUUGUUAGUGGAUCAUUAGCGGGAGUUUGUGCCAUUACGAUUAUGACUCAGGGGAUAUGGAAUGGACCAUUAUAGAUCAUAGAUUGACUAACCGAUAUUGAGGAUAUGGAUGGGCACGUUAUUGCAAAUUAAAUUAUUUUCAUCUAUUUUUAUUUUAACACGUAUUAUUACAAAUUAUGGAAAACGGGGGUAACACUCAGAAGCCCCAUUCAUGCGGCCAAAUUUUCCAGUGCGGUAAAUGCUAAAAACGACGACGACGACGAUUAUUAUUAUUACGUUCUAAUAGUAGCAAGAAACCUUCGUAAAAGCAAUGUGAAAGUCUAAAAAAGUGGAAGUAAGACUUCUCAAAUUAUGGGAAAACGGGAAUAACACUCGAAAGUCCCAUUCAUGCGGCCAAAUUUUCCACUGCGGUAAAUGCUAAAAACGACGACGUCUACGAUUAUUAUUAUUACGUUCUAAUAGUGGCAAGAAACCUCCAGGACUGAAUUGUAAAACUAAUCAUCAAAGAUAAAUCUUCAAAUGAUUCAUAAUACCUUGACAUUGGUUAUUGGUUCCUGGCUUUUGAAUGUAACCGCUUGGGCAAUUACAUUUGUACGACCCCACAGUGUUCUCACAUGUUGCUGGUUCGAUGCAGGUAUUGGGAUUCAAGCAUUCGUUUACAUCUGGCACUACAUUUAAAUUGAAGUAUAAAAAAUAUCAGUUGAAAUUAAAAUAACGUGAAUUCACACCUAUAAGCCUCUCCCCGCCCCCUUACAAGCCCCUUCCCCCCCAGUUAUAAGGCCAUCAACCCGUAAACAAACUGAGCCCCUCUCGGAAAUAAGCCCCUCUCCUAAAACCCCUUACGAAGAUUUGUAAGCCCGGGACUUAUAAGCGGCAGUUUACGGUAUGGAAACAUUACGUUCUUACGGUCUUGAGUAAAAUAUCAUUGUGUGCAACGCCGAUAUGAGGAAUCCAAAGGAACCUCGAUAUAUCAAUUAAAGCUCCAUGAUACAUAAUGCAGGAAAAAAAUCUGUUCAUUGCGAGCGUGGGUCAGUAUAACGGGUCGCCCCAUGUGAGGACGAUUCCGGAAUCCGGGAAAUUUUUUAUUGUGGAAUGCGGAAUCUUGGGCUUUGGAAUCCGGGUUACAGAUCCAGGGAAUCCGGGAACCCACUUACGAUUGGAAGCCGGAAUCCAUGUUCCACUGAGCGAAAACUAGCUCUUUUUAGAACCAAAGACAAUGUUUUACUUAUCCUACUUCCUCCUGCACCUGCACAAUUAAUUUAUUUCUUUUUUUCUAUUUCCCUUUUUUUCUUUUAUUUUUAUCUUCCCUUCCGACCACAUCGACCCCACACUGAACUCUUAUUUCAACACAGCGUCGCGAAUAGUAGAGCUAUGUAUCACCACCACCACCAUCACCACCACAUUUCUAUUGUUUCCCUCCUUCUUCUCCCCCUCAUUUUUAUUGUUUCCCUCAUCCUUAUGCAUGUUCUCUUUGCUGUUGCUGUCAUUGUUAAAGUUCCGGUUCACUUUUUCCGACGCGCAAAUCGUGCAUAACUAAUAAGCGAGAGGGCAAACUAGCUCAAUUUCUACCACCACACUCCUCCUUCUCCUCCUCCUCCUCCUCCUCCUCAUUUCUGCUGCUUUUUUAACAAAGAGGUAGGUUAUUUAGAAGGUCAGACAGGCCAAAGAAAGGCCAAAAGUGAGAAAAAAGACUCACGGGCCAACUAAAUAACCUGUCUGGUAAAAAACACCGAUAGAAAUAAGAAGGAGGCGGAGGUGGUUUGCCUUCGCUCUCAUUAGAUAUGUACGAUUUGCGCGUCUGAAUCAGUAAACCGGAACUUUAACAAUGACAGCGGCAGGAAAUAGAACGUUCAUAAGGAACAAUAAAAAUGAACGGUUAUGGUCUGAAUUUUCAUUUGCGGAAUAUAAUAACUGUAUACUUUUUAAAAGUACCUGAAAAUCCUAACAUACAACAAUUUUAUAUUAGUAACGCUCUCAACAAAUUGAUACCGUGAGUUAUGGGAUCCACAUAUUAAAUGCUUUUCCCACUCUAAUUGUAUAGUUAAAAUAGCGAAAAAUAAGGAUAACACCGACUGAGCUUAAGAGCGGGACAGUUCAUGAAAUUACAGCUAGUUCUCAAAUAAGGGAACAUGGAAGUCAAUGAAUUAAAUAAAUGUCUGGCAAAAUUUUUGUUUCCCUGAGGAAAACCGAAGGCAGCUAUUAUAAGAAAACUAGCUUGUUGUCGAUCAGAGCCGCCCUCGACCGACAUCUUAAAGCCCCAAAAUCUUUCAAAAAUGUGUCUCUUUUUUAUUUUAUUUUCUCGAAUAAUCAUCAAUAUAAUUAUACCAAGACAAUUAGCUGCCUCACGCGACGUGAAUAUCGGCGAAGUUCAUCUCGGUGACUAUUCGCCGGUAUUCACGUCUCAGUGAAGUUCGGCGACUAAAAUGUUAAACGCUACAAGUUUUUGCCUCCUGAAAGUUAAAACAGUACUACACAAUGUCCUGAUGGAUUCCGUCUAAAAGCUUUUGACAGAAAACUGCCGUUGGCUGGUUGGGUGCCAUGAGAUGAUGCCAUCGAUCAGAUUUUAAAAAGGCAAUUUUAUGCUGGAAUUAUGAGUGCAGAAGCGUACUCAGUGCGUACUUUGCUGCUAGAUCUUCUUGCGCACGACGUAGAUUUGAAAUAAUAAUUUAUAAUUUAUACACGUAUAAAAAUUAGGCCCGUCCUAAAAGAAGAAAAACUUCAAAUAUAUUUUUUAAAUAACCAGUAUCAAAUAGGCUGAAAUGACUGGAUAUCUUUUGACUUCGUACGAUCGCUGCGGAAAAGCAAAGUACUAAAAAUUGCCGGACAGGUUGUAAGUUGCGUAUGCCGCUCUUGCGGUAGUGAAUCGUUUCUUGUCUAACAUUUAACGGAUUAACAUAAAAGAAAACACCUUUCAUUUCGUGAUCUAAGGUCCUUCCAAUAUUCAAAAAGAGUGAAAAAUUCUUUAUAAUCUAUUAGUCAGUAGUCAUGAAUCCCAGUAAAUUUUAGGAGAAUGAUUUUUCUAUCUUUUUUUCCAAAUAUCUUUUCUAGUUUAAAGAUCUUCAAUAUUCAAACCGACAAAAAGGUAAAAGUCUUUAUUAAUGACAAAAUCGGGUCCACAUGACAAUUUUUCAUUGAUCAUUCUAGAUCGCACUUCUUAAAAGAAGAUAACUGACUUUAAGAAAAGAUACUAGGGCCGACGUUUAUUCGAAUGCAAUAUUUUUCUUAGCUAUGAUCUUCUCCAAUUACUGCUUUGUUCAAUUCUAAACUUAAGUCAUUUUUUCUUUGUAUAAGCACACUUUAGCUCUCGUAAUGCUUGUGUGCAGUUUUUCGCUUCUUUCGCUUUUUUUUCUUCGUUUAUUCUUGCAUUAUUUUUUUUCUCACCUUUUCUCUCUCGUUUUUGCACUUACACGUUCAGCCUUUUCUAUCUUUAUCCUAUUUAACAAUUGUUUUCUAUGUUCCAAACAAAUUGUGCAUACUAAGAGUUAAACUGCGGAUGUGAGUAUUACAAUCAUCAAUUAGGUAACAUAAUUUCCUAUUCCAAGCCGUAUUGGCUUCCUUGGCGGGCUCUCUUGCCUCAAGAUCAUCUUUUUUAAAAAUUUUAUAUGUAUAUUUUGUGUGUAGCAUAAAGAUAAUGAAACAAUAAAACAAUAAAAAUUUCUCUUUUUUCUUUUUCUUUACUGCAUUUCUAUUCCUUUCUUUUACACUUUCAUUUGAGUAUCGUCUAUAUCAGUUGAUUUUCGGUCAAAUCUAAAAUUACAGCCAGCGAUUGCGUGACCUCCAGCCUGUCCUUUAAUUUCGAGUUACUCUUGAAUUCCUUAAAACAUUUCACUAAAAUUUUGUGUAUUUUUAUAUACGUGUAAUAAAGUGGCUGAAGCCGUUAAACAGUGCUCAAUACACUUUUUAAGUGUAGAGCUUUGAAUAAGAAGAUAUAACGAAGAGACAAAAUUCUCUGUUACUCCGAGUUUCGUGCUCACGCACUCAUCAGACAGUAUUUAAUGGAGAAUAAACCUACAAGUUUUACCUUAGGAACAAUUGACUCAAAAACAACACUCUAUUAGUUUUUCCUCACACCUAAUUGUAAUUAGAACCGCACUGCCCUGCUUUUUGUAAUCAAUAGACGCGUGUAUAUAUAUAACUUGAUAGGUUUAUUCUCCAUUAAAUACUGUAUUUUUAUACAAAAAUAUUUUGCAAGUGAGUCUUAAAUCACUUGGAUGAACUCUUUCUGAAACGAACCCCGCUGAGGCCAACACUAUUGGAAACGUCUGUCGUUAUGGAGGUAUCCCCUUUCGUACCGAGUUAAAGAAAACGACUGAAGAGCGACACAAUUAAGGGCUAACUAUAGGUCUAUAGGUCUCUUUAAGUGUCUUUCUCUAAGAGGUGUCUGUUAACAGAUAAUUAUGAUUUUAAAGUUAUUUACUAAUAUUCACCUAUAUGCUAAAAAUCUCUGAAACUAGAGCCAUAAUUUUUUCAGAGGGAAGACCAACAAAGCUUACCUUUUGCUUCAGCGAAACUGCUGCUUAAAAGGAGGAUUUGAGAAAGCAGUAACGACGACAGCAUCUUAUUUUCCUACAAAGCAAAUUACGUAUCAGCCUUGACUCAUCCAGAAAAUGAUAAUGUGUGGAUUUCCAUUACUCUGCAUGUAACCCUUUUCGUCCAGCUGGGCAAGCGAAGUUAACAUGGUUGCCAUAAGAAACGAAUUCCUGCUUCCACAGCUGUCGAAAAACAAACUGUUGUGGGUAAACUAUUGCUUCGUAUUACGAACCAUAUAAUAAUUAUCCAGUAAGCAAUAACUACAUAUCAUUAGCUUGCAUUGCCGAAACAAGCUGUGUUUUACCUUCGCAGCUAGAAACAUUCCCAAGCUAAACGAGCUUUUAAUUAACCUUUUGAUUCACACGAAUCCCUGUGAAGUGAUAGUCCGUACUGAGAAAAUAUUUGAAAUUUUAUAAUCAAUGUUCAAUUUGGAGUUUCUCGUUUGGUGGAUGUGGCGGUUGUAAAUUAAAACUGAGAGAGAACUUAUCUUGACUAUUAUAUUUCAGUAUUAAAUUAUGAACUACAUGUAGCUUUAUGUUUGUUUUAAGGUUACAAGUUGUCUGACUUAUUUACAGUAUGUAGCUGGGCAUAUUCACAUUCAGUCGUAAAUAAGAUUCAUAUAAUAAACAUUUUUCUUUGCUUAGUACGUCAGCGCAAUCUGAUCUUCUUCCGAUUUAGUAGAAAAUUACGAAUUUGCAAAAUAUUAAGUAAAGGCCUCCACCCAUACAUAUCACUUAAUUUGUAACAAUCAUGUUAGAUGGACACUUUCUCUCGGUUAAUAUGGCGAUGCAAAUCAAAGAGGACAGUUUGUUCCUCUGUUGUUUUGAGAGACGUUAAAGCACAAUAUGACAACAUCUAUCUCGUAACAACUUAAGUGAUUUCUUAAGACUACAAGAAUUUUAUACGCAGCUGAAGCCGGAGUUGAAGGCUGGUGGUGAGAGUAUUAGUUAGGCCCGCUAAGCACCAGCGGUUUUUUAUCUCUGCAAAGCCAUGACACUAUGUGGGUUGAUUUUGCUCUUCCUCUGACAGGUUCACUUCUGAGAAGUUAUUUUCUAGGUAUGUCGGUUUUUCCCCCUGCCUCUAUGCCUCUCUUUCAGCUCACAAAUCAACAGUUUUAAUUUCCCAGCAUGAAUUUUAUCUGGAAAACACGAACACUUGUUACAGCGAGUGGGUAAAGAAACUACAUUGUUCAUUUUGUUUUUUCCUUUCAUCUCGGCAUCACUCGAUAACGUUGGCGAAUCUCAUACCUAGUCAACAACUUUUUAGAAAAUAUCCCUCAUUGUCACAAUUAAGCUAAGAUCUAAGACUUAUACAUUUCCCUCUUUUCCUCUAAAAUCAAUGUAAGAAAAUUUAAUGUUGAAGUAUAUAUAAUUAAUCUACUUCGACAUGUAAACUGGUACGGCGGUGUAAAGAAAUCCACAUGUCAUGCAUGACAAGUGGAUUUUUUUACACCGCCGUACCAGCGAAGUCUACCCACUAAUUUCUCACGAGUCCGCUGAAGCUAAAUUUUUGAAACCGUGCGCACAUAAACUUCCUUUCACAAGAGAACGAUCCCCAAAUCGCCUUGAUGUAGUAGAAAAAAGUCACCACCGUAGAAAGGCUUAACGGUAAAUGCAAUUUUCCUGUAAACAAAUAAGUAUGAAUUCUUUCAAACAAAUCAAAGAGGCGGACUAGUGUAGGCCCUGCCUAAUUCAGUAUUUCAAUAAAAGUUUAUACGUAAACUGCGAGAAGGAGAUCAUCAUUCACGUGUAACAGAACUCUUAAAAAGUUUGUAAGCAAACAAAUGAAAAAAAUUAGGCACAUACACUAAAUUACUUCAACUAGUAUCUUAGCAUACGUAGAUGGCAAGAUUAGCGGGCGAAUGCUGUAGUUUUUUUGGCUGUGAAGCUGCGUUAGGAUAGGGAGCUAGUGAAACAACCCCGCAACUGAGAUACGCAGGCUACAAGUAACUCUGAAAUAACACCUGACUCAGUGGCAAUUUUGGGAGAGCAUUUGGGUUAUACCGUCAACACAUAAUAAGGAAUGAUAAGGAUGUACAGCGGCUGGGGAAGCUGAAGUUUCUGGGUAACUGACCAGCUACUCCUCAACUAAGUCAUAAUUUUGCCCAAGUGAGAAGUAAGUGUUAAUUCCCCACGGAAAAAUCCUGUGGCCCACCUUGUUCUUAGUCUACGCAGACGACAUAACAAAUGUUGUUACCUCUUCUAUUAAAAUGUUCGCUGACAAUUCAAAGAUUUACCGUGAUAUUAAUGAUGGUAAGGAUACAUUAGCACUACAGUCGGAUCUGGAUUGCCUGGAAAACUGGGCAAGAGGCUGGCAAGCUAAAUUUAAUCUUCAGAAAUGCGAAGUGAUGAGAAUUACGCAUAGGCGAGACAAAAGUAAACAUCCUUAUCACGGCUGUCGAAUCAGUACAGAAUUAAAAUCAGUUAACUCAUGCAAGGACCUGGGUGUUUAUGUGUCAAGAGACUUAUCCUGGUCGAACCACGUGCACGCAAUUGUAAAUAAGCAAACAAAGUGAUGGGCCUACUAAAGCGUAGGUUAGUAGCAACAACAAGGAAAUUUUCUAUAAGUCCUUGGUUAGAUCAAUCCUAGAAUACGCAUGCCCGGUAUCAUGGUCGCCCUAUUCAGCGAACAUAUAAGUUGGCAAUCGAAAAAGUACAACGAAGAGCAUUAAGAAUCCCUCUCGGUCAAAAACUACGCGAGAUGUUAUAUGAAGAAAGAUGUAUAUUACUAAACUGGAACAAACUUCAGCAUCGAAGAGAAUACUUAUAUCUGUAGUGGAAUUUUACAAGACAGUGUCUAAAUGGCCUAUAGACUUUAAUGACUAUUUCGAGUUUUUUAGAACUAAAAACACUAGAGCCAACCAUCUAUAACAAAUACGAACUAAAUUAGGGACUGGUCAAAAAGUAUAGGGGGGGUGGGUCAUGAGGUUUUGAGCUUUGUGCAAGGCGUGGGUCGUACAAUUUUCAGCUACCCUUAGGGGGUAUUUUUUACUAACUACUAACGAGACAGUUGACUACACUUGUUAUAUAAAACACCGCCAGCUGGAAUUAUUGCUAAAAUACUCACAAACCUGUUGUGCGAGAAAAUACAAAGGUUGACAAGCCGCACAUCUAUACGGGCGUGGAACCCUCUGUUAACCUUUUUUUUUUCGGCUCUAACGAGCAUGUCCUUUAACGAUUUUCCUUUUUUGUAAGGAAAUGAUUGGUGGUUCUUUAAAAAUUUAUUGAAGUUAUAGUUGGUUUUGUAUAAGAUUCCAUUUUUUCAUUCAAGCUUCCUUUAUAGUAGACACUGAGGGCUGGUAUUGUGUCACGAAUGGCAAUAUUUCUUUUUCCUCCUUGUUGUUUUGUUUUAGGAGUUUAGACUCCCUUUUGUGACUUCUUUUUCUGAUAGUAGGUUUUCUAUCAAAGAUAGGGGGCACCCAACGAGAAUAUAUUUCAAAACCACUUAAACGUAGCAUUGUUAAACGUAUUUUAGUAUUUAAACAGUAGAUAUAGGCAUAUUUUUAUCCCCUAAAAAUUUUUCAUCUGUUCGGAUCUCCUAGCUGAAAGUCUUGUGAUACGAAAAUUGUAGGGAUUAAAACUUACCUUUUCGAAAAUUUCAGCCAGAAAAAAGGCUCCCGAAAAUUCUAGGUGACCUUAGGGUAAAAAUCCGUUAAAAAUGGGCAAUUAUACCAUUUUUUUGGAUGUUCAAAAAUCCUAGGAGGGGCAGAUAAGCAAGAAAUUUUACAACAAAAGUUCCGAAAAUUCUACAUCUCAAAUCGUCUUUCGAACAGAUAUUUUCCCAAACUUGACGUUGGGUACCCCUGAAAGAUUGUGGGUAGCCUCCGUCCGUCAAGCGUUUUUUUUUUUAAAUUUGAAUUAUUUUCCUCAAAGGUUGUUUCUGAGGAGUUUUUUUGUAGGAUUCUUAAGGUCUCGGUAAAGGAAAACGAGGUGCCCACAGAAAAAAAUUCUAGUCGCGCGAGUAUUUUCGCUACAAAGGCAAGUUAUAUAUCAAAUUAAAGCUAAAAGACUAAAUUACCUUAUAAAAGAUUUUAUUUUAUCGAAUUUCAAAAGGCGCUUAAGUUUUUUGCUCUCGAACUCAGAGGUAUCGAGUUUGUGCUGGAACUUCAGCAGUAAACUCGAUACCUCUGAGUUCGAGAGCAAAAAACUUAAGCGCCUUUUGAAAUUCGAUAAAAUAAAAUCUUUUAUAAGGUAAUUUAGUCUUUUAGCUUUAAUUUGAUAUAUAACUUGCCUUUGUAGCGAAAAUACUCACGCGACUAGAAUUUUUUUCUGUGGGCACCUCGUUUUCCUUUACCUAGACCUUAACGCUUCUCCUUUGACAAAUUCUUUUCAUUAACAUUUGGAGGGUGACACGAAGUGAAAUGUGUGUGCAAGAAGCUUUCCGUCUGUUUAAAAUGUGUCUUUGCAUCAAGGAUAGAUUUUUCCUUGAAUCUUGUGCCUUUGUAUACAACCGUGUCUAAAAACGCAGUCUCAGUGUCAAAUGUUUUCAAUAGGUUAGGUGAUGUAAGCUUGCUUGUUCAAUAAAGGCUUCGAUGUCUGGUUUACUCAUGUCCCAUAGGGAAAAGAUAUCGUGUAUGUGGCAUUUCCAAACUGUUGUUCUGAAGACAGUUUUGCUUAGAUUUGUUGUUUCAAUAAAUGUCCUGAAAAUAUUGGCAACGGAAUCAAAACUGCUGUCUUUGUGCCCACUGCAGUUCCAUGGUUUUGUAGGUAGUGCUUUCCACUGAAGUGGAAGAAAUUUUCGUUGAGAAUUAAUCUAAUCAUUUCUGGCAAGUAAUGUGUAGGAAUGGGUUGUCUUUGUUGAAAUUUUCAUAUGCUUUGUGACAGAUAAUUUCAAUAUACCCUCGUUUUGCUGUAUAUUUGAGUCAAGACUCAUAACGUCCAUUGAAACAAGAAAUGUUCGGUUUUUCAGAUUCGUCUUUUCAGUGAAAGGUAUGAUUUCUGUGAUUUUGAUAUUGCUUGUAGCAGUGUAUCAACAAAUUUUGUCAAGCACACAACAAGGUUUUAUUGGAUUAUUAAGAGGAAACCGAACAUCCAUGUUUUAACUAGGGGGUGGGUCAUGCAAUUUCCAACCUUGCUUUAAGGGUGGGUCAGUCAUUUUUGUGCCGAAGGGAGGGGGUGGGUCAUGUGUUUUUUAUCAACCACAUUUCCAAAUGCUCCCCCCCCCCCCCCCUAUACUUUUUGACCAGUCCCUUAGCUUAAAAUAACUCAUUUAAGUACUCCUUCUUUGUGAGAAUCGUCAAAGACUGGAACAGUUUGCCAAACCAUCCUUUUACUGACGAAAUUAACGUUAACAAAUUUUUUAUUAAGGCUUAAAAGAUGGAUGAAGAUUAAUUGUAUAUAUUUUCAUUUUUAAUAUAAUUCUUACUAUACCAUUUUUUACCUGCACUAAAUAUUUUUACCCGCUUUUUUUUAUAAUUUUUUAAGGUUUUUAAAGUUCAGUUAGGGGACCUUUUAUAGGGAUAACCUUGCGGUCCACCUUUUGAAAUAGGCUGAUUUAGCAACAGGGCGGGAACGUCAGUUGACGACGGGAAAGCGCGGGAAAAGGACUAAACACGAAUUCCGGUGCCCAAUUUGCCGCUCUGCCAUUGUACAAGCCAGUUGUUUAAUUGCGCGCGCCGUCGUCAACUGUCGUUCCCUUUCUGUUGCUAAAUCAGCCUAUUAUGUAUCAUGCAUCAUGUUUAUGUGCAUAUAUGUAUUUGAAUAAUGUUUUCUUAAUCUUGACUUUUAGGGGAGGGGUACCGUAGGUGUUCAGAUACCUAGAAACCUCAAUUGAUUCCGACUAAUCUAUAACCAUAGAAACGAUGGUUCAAAAUCUAAGAAAAGUUCCGUACAUUGGAAGGCGCCAGGACCUAUGAGUUGGAUUAACACGAAAGGUUGAAUGGCCAUCCGGUGAAUAUUCGUGAAAAUGACGGCUAAAAACGUUUGUGGGACUUCAGUGUUUGAACCAUACAUCAAAUUGGGGCUGGACCAGAGACAAGAGCGACAGGAGCAGUUACAAAUAUAGACGUGGCAACCCAGAAGGUUGAAAGAGAGACAGAGAGAGAGAGGAACGGAGACGGUCUAAAAGUAUCAAAAGAAAAGUUCGAAAAGUGUUGGUGGUACGGACAAAGGUGAUUGCCGUGGUAGGGAAUGGGGGAAAGCAUUAGAAUAGAAGAAAAGCCUACGAAUUUCUUAAACAACCUGAGGGGUUUUCUUCUGUGGAAAUGAUCGCGGAAUGUGCUCUGAUAAUGAUAAUGAUGAUGACGAUGAUGAUGAUGAUGAUGAUGAUGCCAACGAUGAAGAUGAUGAUGAUAAUGAUAAUACUGAUGUUGAUCCUGAUGCCGAUGCUGUUGCUGCUCCUAAUAAUGAUGAUGAUGAUAAUGAUAAUGAUAAUGACGACAAUAGGAGUAUUGUCUAA